AGCUAUCUUGACGAUGACGUCAACAGUGAGAUUGAAGACUUGCCAUAUAAGCUGCAGGAGUUCAAGGCCAAAUUUAUCGAGUGUGACCGGGACUUCUCCGGAGAUUUAGAUGUAAUGGAUGUUAAGUACCUGUUGGAGCAGCUCGGACAGGCCAAGACUCACCUCGAGGUCAUGAAAAUGAUCAAGGAAGUGGACUCCACACAACGAGAUGCCAUCAACUACAACGACUUCGUGAAGAUGAUGCUGGGUCCCAAGUCCAGUGUGCUCAAAAUAAUCCUGCAGUUUGAGGGACUCGGGAAGCCAAAAGAGAAACCAGCCGGGCCUCCGCCAAAGCGUGAUCUCUCCAGCUUACCCUAA